AUGCCGCCAAAGAAGGACGCAAAAAAAUCAGACAAGCCAGUGGCUAAAAAGAAGGAAGGAGCAGGAGGAGGAAAGGCUAAGAAGAAGAAGUGGUCAAAAGGAAAAGUGAGAGACAAGUUGAACAAUCUGGUUCUUUUUGAUAAGGCAACUUAUGAGAAGACAAUUAGCGAAGUUCCAAAAUACAAACUUAUUACACCAUCAGUUGUCUCGGAGCGUAUGAAAGUUAGAGCCAGUUUAGCAAAGAAGGUGCUGCGGGAGUUACACUCGAAGGGUCUCGUGAAACUUGUUGCCAAGCAUGGAUCACAACUAAUUUAUACUAGAGCCACAGCUAUUGAAGAGGCGUAG